AGAGAGCAAAGCCACCUCUCCCUGAGCUCCCCUCCUGCCCCAGACAGGACCACUGUGCUGCCUCCCCUCAUCCAGGUGAAUUGAAAGUCGUUGCAAUAGGGAGAGGAGGGGGAGCCGCGCUGCUCUUUCUGCUGCAGUCCUGCCAUGCACGGAGAAUUGCAACCCCAAUAGAGACAGCAGGGAGGAGAGGCAGCGCAAGCACCCCGCCGGGAGAGGGGGCAGAGAGGAGGGCGCCCGCUCCCUGCCCUCAUCCGAUCCCCCAAAAUCUGGAUGCAGGGAGCUGCACCCCAUGGACGAGCUGAGACAACCUGGGAUGGCCACACACAAGGUCCAGUUCUUCAGCGUGUCUCCAAGGGUCCAAAGACGAGGAAGCCUCAAACUGCCCAGCCAAACAAAAAAUAAUAUUCACGGAACAUCAUUAGAAGAUAAAGAAUGUCAUCAAUCAAAGGAGAACCUGUCUAAUGGAAAUAUUCACAUUCCACCCAAAUCUGGACGGAAUAUCCCCAGGAGACAUACAGUAGGUGGGCCUCGAAGUUCCAAAGAGAUUCUCGGAAUGCAGACAUCGGAAAUGGACAGAAAAAGAGAGGCUUUUCUGGAGCAUCUCAAGUACAAAUACCCUCAUCAUGCCACUGCGAUUAUGGGUCAUCAGGAGCGCCUAAGAGACCAGACAAAAAGUCCAAAGCUGUCUCCGAGUCCCCAGCCAAGCCUGGGGGAACAGGCCGAGCAUCUUUCAGAGGCAUCUGCUGAUUCCGGAGACGCAAUGUUUGAAGGCGAAUCGAUGUUGCCUUUUGUUAGAGGCAGCCGUACGAGAGCUAGCCUCCCGGUCGUCAGGUCUACAAAUCAAACGAAAGAGAGGUCAUUGGGUGUGCUGUUCCUGCAGUAUGGAGAAGACACCAAGAAGCUACAGAUGCCCAACGAAAUUACGAGCUUUGACACAAUACGCGCCCUCUUCGUAAGUGCCUUUCCCCAGCAGCUGACAAUGAAAACGCUGGAGUCGCCAAGCACCGCCAUUUAUAUUAAGGACGAGGGCAGGAAUAUAUAUUAUGAACUAAGUGAUGUAAGGAACAUUCAAGAUAGAUCCUUCCUGAAAGUUUACAAUAAGGAUCCUGCGCAGGCUUUUAAUCACACUCCGAGGACUGUCAAUGGAGACAUAAAGAUGCAAAGGGAUAUUUCCUAUUCAGUUCGUGAAGGCCCAGCAGUCCAUAGACCUGGGUCGGCAACCUAUCCUUCUCAUGCUGGCCCAAUAUCACCACCAACCACACCAGCACCCCAUUCCAUGCCUCCUUCUCCAUCAAGGAUUCCAUAUGGCGGAGGGCGCCAAGCAGUGAUACAGAGCAAUAACACAAUGCAACGAGAUAGGAUUGCAAGUUUGCCAGCAUCUAGAUCCAUAUCCCCCAGCCCAAGUGCCAUCUUGGAAAGGAGGGAUGUGAAACCAGAUGAAGAUUUAGGCAAUAAAAAUUUGCAAAUGAUACGGAACGACACCAUGUACACGGAACCUUACUUAUAUCAUGAAGGGAGGAUGAGCAUAGCUUCCUCACAUGGUGGACACCCGCUUGAUGUUCCUGAUCAUGUAAUUGCAUAUCACAGAGGAGCACUGAGAUCUGCAAGCACUUACACAAACUCAUCUGUGCAGAUGGAGAUGAUGGAGCAAUCGAUGUACAGACAAAAGACCCGCAAACAUUCUGAAAGUCAUCUCCCGACCCUUGGUUCGAAAACGCCGCCAGUCUCUCCUCACAGAGUGACAGAUAUUCGAAUGAUGGAUAUUCACCCCCAUAAUACCCAUGUGCCUCCUCACGCAGUACAAACAGAAAGGUCCUCUCCGCUCCGACAAUCUUUUAAAAAGGAUCAAGGAGCUGGUGUUUUUGUGGAGGCCAAGAUGCGUAAUACUGGUGGAAUACUGGGAGUAGCUGAUGUUGUUCCUUCUCCUACAGAAAAAACAUUUGGAGGAUAUGGCGCACCACCCAAAGAUCCAUAUACCAGGGAGAGGAUGCAGGCCAUGGAGAAACAGAUUGCAAGCUUGACUGGUCUUGUCCAAACUGCACUUUUGAAAGGACCAGGUCCAACCAGCUCUAAGGAUGCUGCUAGUGAGAAAGGAUUAAAAGCUGCAAACAGCAACACUCAGAGCAUGGACACUACAGGAACUCACAUAAUAUUAAGUACAAAGAACUCACUAGCCAUUACUGAAUCUACAACAGUCACCAAUCAGACCCCACCAGCCAGGUCCAACGGAAUGCAAGUCAAUCUGCAUGACAUGAGAAGAAAUGUGGUAGAUCUUCGCCUUCAGCUGCAUAAAUUACGGCAAUUACAGCUGCAGAACCAGGAAACGGUGAGAGCGAUGAUGAAAAAGGCGGAAAUGGAAAUCAGCAGUAAAUUGAUGGAGAUGGUCAAGAGCUUGGAAGACCCCGUGCAGCGCCAGCGCAUCCUCGUAGAACAAGAGCGCCAAAAGUACCUCAAUGAAGAGGAACAAAUUAUUACAAAAUUAUGUGAUCUGGAGAGCUUUGUAGACGAUCUUAAAAAAGACUUAACAACAUCUCAAAGAGCAAUUACACUGAAGGACGUGGAAGACAGAGCUUUCAUGUUGAGAAAGAUAGGAGAAGCUGUUUCCAAUCUGAAAGGAGAAUUUCCAUACCUUCAAAGCAAGAUGCGAGCAGUCUUACGAGUAGAGGUUGAAGCCGUAAGGUUUUUGAAGGAAGAGCCACACAAACUGGACAGCAUGUUAAAAAGGAUUCGGAAUAUGACAGAUGCCCUCUCUGCGUUAAGAAGGCAUGUUACAGAUGGGCCUUCGAAAUCCAUUGACUUCAAUCAGAAUAACCAGUAUAUGAUUACAGAGCAAAUUACCGAAACAGAAGCCAUCCAAAAUGUGGAAGAUAAAGGUCAUGCCUAUCUCCAGCCAACACAAACAGAAAUAGUAGCCGAUUCACAGACGGCCUCUGUGAAAUCCGAGGUGGUUCCUCUCUCUGCCGGUGUGAAGGUUCACCAAGUCCAAAGUUUACCUGUCCACAUACAACAGUCCCAACAUUCUUCAGCACUGGUUAACCAUUCUCUUAUCUCCAAUAACCAAUCAUCGAACUCUGCAGUGACUGCACCACAGGAGGCUUCUGCUGGACUUCAGACUCCGGUGGCGCAGCCUGCUCACAAUAGUGGAUCUACCAUGCAGAGCCUCUUUAUUGAAGAAAUUCAACAAACAAGCCACAGGAACCGAGCACUCUCAAUAGAGGAAGCGGAGAGAAAAUUUGAAGAGAAAAGACAGAAUCUGGAUCAUUAUAAUGGCAAAGAAUUUGAAAAGAUGCUUGAAGAAGCACAAGCCAAUAUUAUGAAGUCUAUUCCCAGCCUCGAGAUGCCGUCCCAAUCUCCGAAAGUGGACGCUAAUGAGAAAGUAGAUGUUACAGAAGAUGGUCCAGAUGUUGAACAAGACAACAGUAAAGUAAUGAAGUCUCCACCUCCACCACCACCACGUCGGAUUUACCCACCUGGACCUGCCAUAGGCAGCCCAUGGACACCAGAUGCUACCUACAUAGCAAGGAAGGACAACAGCAAGGAAUGUGAGGAAAUACUUCCAUUAGCACCAUCAAAAACUACCAAGGCUGAGACAGAAGAUCAAAGUUCAACACAGGCUUCAGUGGUAAAAGAUGAUGAAGAGGAGGAGGAGGGAGAGAGGAUCAUGGCAGAACUGCAGGCUUUCCAGAAAUGCUCUGUUGUGGAUGUAAAUUCAAAAGGUCCAACGGAGUAUUCCAAAUCUGAUACUCAGGAUAAAGAUCUCAGACCUGCUUCUUUAGCCCAGCCUAGCGAAAAGAAGGUUUCAAAAGAGUAUAUAUUUCAUGAAAGCCCAAAACCUGUUGAAAUCCCAGAUGAGAAGUGGAAUUUACAAAAUAUUCAAAGUCCUGCACCUGAUUCUGGAAGUGAUAGGGAGGGGAAUGCAGUGUUAAGGAAUGAAAAAUCCACCUACAGUCUGUUUAUAGGGAAGGCUGAGCAUGAGGGGAGCUAUUCUAAAACCAGGGAAACCCAGCAUGAUAAGGAAUCAAAACAUGGGGAUGAUCAAUUUAUGACCAUACCUGGUGAUGAACAGGAAAAGAAAAUGAAUGAUUUUAAUAGAACAGUAACGGAGAGCGGAUUAACUGAAAGUAAAACAAAAGUGUCCGGUUCCACCGUAUCCACGGUUUUGAAAUUAGGAAAUAAGAGCGAAGCUUUACUAACUCCUGAGCCUUUGACGGGUUCUAGUCUGUUGAGGGAGCAAGAGAUGCCUUAUUUAGAUGUUGGUCAGACGGUCGUAUUGAGACCCAAAAAUCCUAGGAGGACUGUAAGCCAGCAAUCUGAAGAUUCUCCAACCACAUCUCCAACUGAAUUAAAAUCCCCGGCAGACAAUAUUGCGUUUAUGAUAACCAAAACUGAAGUACAACUCCUGUCGACUGGUGAAGUCCAAGAUAUUGUUAGCAGAAAAGGAGAUGAAGUACAAACAGUUAAUCUAGAUAGAGAGAAUGCAGAGAAAAUUGUCUCCGGGAACCCACAAAAUCUAGGACCUGAAGGUUCUGUUGUUUGCACAGACAAGAAACCAGUCAUUAUUAUAUUUGAUGAACCAAUGGAUAUUAAAUCAGCCUAUAAGAGGCUUUCAACAAUAUUUGAGGAAUGCGAUGAUGAUCUCGAAAAAAUGAUGUCAGAAGGAAAGAUAGAGGAAGAAGAGGAGGAAGAAGAAGAAGAAGAAUCUGGCAUACUUCCUUACCAUGGGGACAGGCUGAAGUCAAGCAUCAAAAAGAAUAAUGAAGCUCAUUCUGAUCCUCCACCAGAAAACAAAUAUAGGUUUAAUUAUCCAUCUUUAGCACAAAUGAAAAAGGUUAUGUUCGAGGAUGGGAAAGUUUCCCAGUCACAAUUUACGGAUGAGGAGAAGUCUGAUACACCAGAUUAUCAAUUUACCCAAAGGCAAGAUGCCAAGAAAAAAUUCAAGUUCAAGUUUCCAAAAAAGCAGCUGGUGGCGUUGACCCAAGCCAUCCGCACUGGGACAAAAACUGGGAAAAAGACCUUACAGGUAGUGGUAUAUGAGGAAGAGGAAGAACCUGAUGGGACAGUCAAACAACAUAAAGAAGCAAAAAGGUUUGAAAUUGCAAGAUCCAAGAGUAGAGAAGACAACACCAAGGACAGCCAUGAGAGAAGUUCUGAACAAGAGACCCUCUGCUCGGAGGACCCUGACCAAAGCUCUAGAACCGAUGAGAUACGGAAAAACACAUAUAAGACCCUUGAUAGCCUUGAACAGACCAUCAAGCAGCUAGAAAGUACCAUCAGUGAAAUGUCUCCAAAGCCAGGGUCAGAUCAUGUUGAAACCAAAGAAGAAAAACAAUUGUUACCUUUAACUCACGCCGACAAACAAUCUGUACUAUCGGAUGAAACCAAACAUGUUAUAGAGUCUCCUUCAAUACCUUCAGCAGCACGUAAGGGUUCAAAUGGAGGGUCACAGACCAGCCGAAUGCCAGUACCGAUGUCUUCUAAAAUUAGGCAAGGAAGUAUGGAAAAAAAUAGCAAACAGCCCAAACUCCAGGAGCCACAACGUCAGUACAGACAGGCUAACGGAGGUACUAAGAAAGCUGGUGGGGAUUAUAAGGCUACUUCCCCUACUUUAUCUGUUUCUAAGAUCCCAGCCCCUUCUAACACUGGGAAAAGCAGCUCUGUUCAAUGUAUUGAGACCUCUAAUUCCCCUAAUCAGUCUGUGAAGUCACAUGUUUCAUUAACAAACUCUAACACUCAAACUAGUCGUACCAUUAAUGCUUCCUCCAUUGUACGCUCUGCACAUAAUGGUCCUUCCAAACUUCAAAGUCCGACAUAUACAGGUAAAGGUCAUCAUCUUUCAUUUUCACUGCAGACCCCAAAUGGCAGACCAUCUCCUCCUACUGCUACAUCUUCCUCUGCCUCUUCUUCCCCUUCUUCUUCUGUCUCUCCCACUUCACUGACUCAAGGUAUGAAGACCAUUCGCACCAUCCACACACCUAGCUUCACCAGCUACAAGUCACAGAAUGGGAAUGCAGUCAAAACACCCCCUUCCAAGGAGACCUCCAACUUGUGAAAAACGCGGCGGCUGUUUGCGAUGUCUGCUACAAAAGUAUCAUCAACGAAGUGCCACUUUCUGCAAUAUAUAUUAAAUCUUGAUGUCCAAUGCGUGCAUUUAUCCAACAUUCAGAUCCCAAUCAGCUGUUGUAAUAUUAUGCUACUACUAUGAAUUCAUUCUCAUGGAGAUCUGUAAAAUGUAUGUGUGAUUGUAUAUAUUCAUAUACUCUGUUUGCACCUGUGAGAAAUGUAAGGCGCCUACGGAUAAGGAAAUUAGGAUAAGGAUGAGAAGACAGAUUAUUUUGUAUAAAAUAUUUUUCAUUGUGCAAUCUGCAAACAGAAAAACUUAAAUGCUAGUGUGUGGUUUAAAAGAGAAAAAUAAAUGGCUAUUUUCUUUCCUUUUUUUCAACACAAGCGUUCAUUACAGAAUUCUAUUUUUCACAGCAAUAUGCCAUUGUUGCUUUUAAUGACUUUUUUGCCAAUAUAUUUUGAUACAUAAAGUAUGUUUAAGAAUUCAAAUAGGAGUAGUAGGUUACCCUAAACAUGUAUGGGGUAGAUCAGGAUGACACAUGUUUAAAACCAUACAUCAACUGGCACCCUGUGCACUGCCAUUUGCAAGUAUUUAAGAGUGUAGAUUUUUUUAAAGUACAUAUUUAUCAGUUUUUAUUUUUCAGAGCUACUGCCUGUGAUCCCCGGAUAUGGGUUUUAAUGAGUAAAAUUGGGCGUGCGGAGUGAUCUAGAGAAGCGUUUCUUUCUUCUGAAGUGCCCUGUAACCCAUGUGUAUAUAACACGUACUUUGUAUUUCUGCUUAAGUAAACAUGCCGUUUAUCAUUACCAUUAAAAUGCCUGCUUUUCAGUAUCAGCCAUGUGGGAAGGAACGCUGGAAUCCUGUUGCACAGAUUUUGUAAAUGAAUGAAUUUGUAUAACUAAUGUAAUAAAUACUUAUAAUAAGCAGAUCACUUUUUUUGGAAAUAAAAAGGAAAGUGCUGCGUA